AUGUCUUCAAACUACACUGUUGAUGUUGAAUAUGAUUAUUUAUUUAAAAUAUUAAUUAUUGGUGAUAGUGGUGUUGGAAAAACUGCAAUUUUACAACGAUUUGCUCAAAACUAUUUUUCAAGUGAAUAUUUUGUUACUAUUGGUGUUGAUUUUCAAAUUCGAACAGUUAAUGUUGAUUCAAAACGUUGUAAAUUACAAGUAUGGGAUACAGCUGGACAAGAUCGUUUCAAAUGUGUCGUAUCAUCAUUUUAUCGUGGUGCACAUGGUGUUAUGAUUUGUUUUGAUAUAACGGAUUAUAAAAGUUUUUCUAAUGUUGAAAAUUGGCUUAAAGAAGUAAAAAAAUAUUGUGUAGAUAAAACACCUGUUUAUCUUAUUGGUACUAAAUCUGAUUUACAAUCGAAACGUAUGGUUCCUUAUUCAACAAUAAAAACAUAUAUUGAUACACAAAAUUUAUCUUAUAUUGAAACAAGUUCAAAAGCAAAUCAAAAUGUUGAAAAUUGUUUUAUUGAUUUUGCAAGAACAUUAGUUGCACAUACGGAUCAAUUAGAAAUAAAUCAUACAAGUAAACAAAUAGAACAACCAUCCGUUACUUUAAAUGAAGAAACAAAACCAGUCACGACUGGUCGAUGUUCAGCAGGAGAUAAAUGUACUAUUUAA